ACGGUCUAGUGUCAAAAUUUUUUGUUAAUCGGUUAUUCGUUGAUGAUAAUAUUUCAUGUUUGUUGAUUAUUUAAAAUUUUAAGCCUAUAACGGUAAAGUAUAUCAUUUAAAUAAGAUGUAUCUAUCGUCUGUCAGUUCACGUUUGUUACUAUAUGAUACAAACAAUUGGGAAUUGAAAUAUUGUCACGGAAAAUCCGACGGAAUUAUACGAGAUGUCUCUUGGAGCGAUGAUAGUAAAUAUAUCCUAUUGGUCAACCCUAAAGGCACUGCUGAAAUUUUAAGUCCUGCAUCCCAUAACUUGGUGUUACAGCAUAUCCCAAUCGACGAUUCAUGUGCAGCAUGUUUUCAAAGAGAUGGCCAUCGUAAUAUAGCAGUAGGAACUAUAAAAGGUGAAGUGAUUAUUUGGGAUGCUAAAAACAAAGAAAAAACCAAAAUAUUUCCCACAUUGCCAUCUUAUGCUGCAGUAGACUUUUUAAGUUUUAAUGCUAAAAAUACAAAUUUAGCUGCUAGUAUGCAAAAUGGAGACACUGUGAUUUAUGGGCUUGUAUCUAAUAUACCUAUUUCAACUGUUAAACUUAAUUGUUCCAAAAGCAUAUCUGCAAUGAAGUUUCAUCAUGAAGCAAGGUCACUAUUAGGUCUAGCUACAGAUGAAGGGCAUGUUAUACUAAAGGAUGUUAGUGUUAAUAAGGACAAAGUUACUUUUGAGAACAGUCAUGCUUCUCCAGUAUCUGAUUUUGUAUAUUCCCUUAUUAAUAGGGAUGUUAUGCUAUCUUGUGGUCUUGACAAAAAUUUGCAAGUUUAUGAUAUCAAACAGAGAAAUGUUGUAUCAACUUUAAAAACGCCACAUGCCUUAACAUCAUUGGCAAUAAAUGCAGAAAACCAAGUUGCACUUGGAACUCAAAAGGGCUAUGUUUUGCUGUAUGAUUUAAGAGACUUAACUACACCCUUAAAAAUUUUGAAAGGCCAUAACAAUAAAGUAAAAAAAGUAGCAUUUCAGCCACCAAGAAAAAAAUUUAUGUCGCCAGAAUUAAGUUUGGUUGAUAAAUUGGAUACAAUCAGUCCCAAUAUUGAAUCACCAAUUCAAAACAAUUCAUUAGAUAUGCUUUUUACAUGCAACACACCACCAAAUCGCUCAGAACCACCUGCAAGAGAUGUGGAAGAUUCAUUCCUUUUUAAAAUGGGUAUGGAAGACAAAUCAAAUGAAGAAUUAGAAUCUAAUCAUAAUAGAUCAUCAUUAGAAACUUAUAGAAAAAGUGAUCGUAAUGAAUUUAGAUUGCAUCAGUUGGAUAUUGAAAAAAGUGCUAUAGGUAAAUCCUCUACACCAAUUAUAAAUAAAACUGCAGAUAACAUUUUGCAAAACCCCACAACACACAAUGGUAUAAGUGAACAAAGACCUUCAAAUUCUAACAUAUUACCAAUAAUAUCCAAUAAUACUGUUCAAAAUGUUGGAAUUGACAAUAAAACUAUUGAAGAGCUAAAAGAUUUCUUCAAAUUAAGUCUUUCAUAUGUUGCAGAUGACAAUAAGAAUUGUUUUCUUCAUAUUAUGAUGGCAUUGACUAAACAAAAGCUUUAUUUAGAAAAGCAGCUAUCACAAAUGAGCAACCAAUUAUUAAGGUUAGAGGAAAAUCAAAAUGAAUUGGUAGAAAUAAAUAGAAAACUAGCAUUAGAAAUUGAUCAAUUGAAAUCUAGGCACACCUCAUUUUAAUUUUCCCAUUUAAUAUAUGUAAUCCACCACUCUGAGAUUGCUACAACUGUUUAAGAAUAGUGAGGUAACUAAACUUCAAGACAGAUGAUAUUAUUAUGUUAAACUGCUGUAGAAAAGUUAGAGCAUAACUGGUGAUAAUGGAAAAUGAGAGCUUCUUGGCUUUAUUGUUCUUUCUUCUUUUAACAAAAUGGAGCAAGUUCUUAAUAUGCAAUUUUAACAAUAUCUGUAGAGAUGCAAUACACCAUAUAUUAAAAUCAUUAGGCAAUAUUUUGCAUUAUAGCAAAGAAAUUUUGUAUAAAAUUAUCAUUUUCUUUACCAUACUAUUUUUAGAAAGCCCAUAAAUAUUGUGUAUAUCACAUGGUGAUUAGUUUUAAGUAAAGACUUGAACAAGAAGAUGAAACAAUGAUUUAAAACUAACAAUGAUGUUAUUUAUUACGUUACUAGCUUUAACGGUAUAUAAUAUAUAUUUAAUAAUGAAUUUAUACUUUUAUUCUGUGCCAAUUUUAUCUCAGUAUUGUAACUAUUUUUUAAAGACUAAUUAUUAGGAAAUACUAAAAUUUGUUUGAACGACAAUCAUUGUUGUUUCAUUGACAGCCAUGAAGAUCCUAGACAAAAUAAAAUGCAUGUAACACUU